CAUGUCCUCAUGCCUGAGCGGGACUGCUGCAGUACUUGCGCAGUGGGCCUUUGUAUCACUCCGCAUACACGUAUUCAUUUUGAAACGUAUCCGAUCCACAGCACCACUUGAUAGUCCAAAUCGUCUUGUGUAUUGGAGAAUAGUAUUGCCCUGUUCUACUUACCCAGUAAAUAGAAGAUGACAGUAUGGCCUUAUUUCUAUAAACUAAAGCCAAAUUAAUUCGCUCUGUUAUCGAAAAUGAAAAUUGUUACACCCCCAAAUUGUGCACAUCCGCGCGAAAUACGGGACUUUCCUUUGAGUAAAAAUUUGGCGUCGAAUAGGCGGCAUUGUAAGAAAUUCCCUCUGAUUCGCAACCGCCGUCAGCUGUCCACAAUACUGCACUUUUGGUUAUUGAAAAAGCAAGAUGUCACUUGUGGACAUGGGUAAGAAGCUGCUGGAGGCAGCUCGGUCGGGGCAGGACGAUGAGGUGCGGAUUUUGAUGGCCAAUGGAGCACCGUUCACUACAGACUGGCUGGGCACCUCACCCCUGCACCUGUCCGCUCAGUAUGGGCAUUAUUCCACCACGGAAGUCCUGCUGAGGGCGGGGGUGAGCCGGGAUGCACGGACCAAAGUGGACCGGACCCCCCUUCACAUGGCGGCAUCAGAGGGCCAUGCCCGAAUCGUGGAAGUGCUGCUAAAGCAUGGAGCUGACGUCAACGCCAAGGACAUGCUGAAGAUGACCGCGCUGCACUGGGCCACUGAGCACGGUCACCGUGAUGUCGUGGAGCUCCUCAUCAAGUACGGUGCAGACGUCCACGCGCAGAGCAAGUUUUGCAAAAAUGCACUGGACAUUGCCAUGGACAACGGCAAUGAGGAGCUUGCAGAGAUCCUCCAGGUGUCCAUGCAAAACCAAAUAAACACGAAUCCGGAGAGUCUCGACUCUGUGACAAUACACACCACAACCCCGCAGUUCAUCAUUGGCCCUGGGGGGGUCGUCAACCUGACCGGCCUGGUAUCUGCUGGAAAUUCGUCCAAAUCGGGAGUUGUCACCACAGAGGAGGUGGUGACUGCGGACUCUGAGGAUGGUGCCAUCCAGCAGGUGGUUAGCGCUGGGGGUCAACAGGUCAUCACCAUAGUAACUGAUGGAAUUCAACUCGGCAAUCUGCAGACAGCCAGCGGAAUCAGCCAACCCAUAAUCGUGACAAUGCCAGAUGGACAGCAAGUGUUGACUGUCCCAGCCAUGGACAUUGCAGAGGAAACCGUUAUCAGCGAAGAGCCAACAGCAAAACGACAGCGCAUUGAAAUCUUUGAAAAUCAUGUAGAAAGUCCAGAAAUUGAGGAAAAAGAAGCCCUACAGAAACAGCUAGAGGAGGCAAACCGGGAGGCGCAGAAAUACCGACAACAGCUUCUAAAGAAGGAGCAAGAGGCUGAGGCGUACCGACAGAAACUAGAGGCCAUCACACGCCACCAAAGCAGCAAGAAAGUUGCAUGACCUGUCCUGUCCCAGACAGGGUGCAAUGCAAGAGGGCUUGUCCCCCUACCCCGACAGACACCUUAUAAGCAGCAGGUGCCUGUCAAUGAACUGCGUACAUUAGAAGGUCUCAGAAAGACAUCAGAUCCCACUCUGAGCAAGGAGCUUGGACAAGAAUUUCAGGCACUGCCUGAGCAGCUUUAUUAUGGUUUCUUUAUUAUUUUUUUAAUCACAAACACUUUCAAGAAGUGUGUUCUUACAGAGACAGAUUUUCUUUGUCAAAUUUGUAAGUAGUUCAUUUGUGUCAUCUUGUAAAUAGUCCAGGCCUCCGCAUUCCUCAGCAUUUACUACACAUUGUUUUUAUAUAAUGACACAAUUUCAUCAAUUUCAAUCUUUGCACUGCAGCUGAACUCAGAAGAAGAUCAUCUUAAUAAUGUUUCUUCUUUUUUUAGGAAUAGAUUUUACUCUGAUGAAAAAUGUAUAUAAAAAAGCUUUGUUCAGGAGCUCUUUUUCUGACAACAAAGUAUAAGCCCCACCCUUUAUAAAUGUGAACCUAAUGAAGCUGAUUUCCAGUAAAAUAGGAUGUCUGAUUAUUAUCUACUACAAACACUACAUAAACGGGUAAUAUAUUGUUCUUAAUCAGUCUCUGUAAUAUUUCAAAGAGGAAAAGAUCGGAGGGCCUUUCAUGGUGAACUCCCUGGGUCUCUGUAAGUUGGUUUUGUUUGUUUUAUUUUUAUUUGCAUGUCAGUCUUGACAGCCUACUUCAGAGUGGCCAGGGUGGUUCUCUCUAUGAACAGAGUUAGACUCUUGGGCAAAUAGUACUGAUCCAUUGGAGUUGUACGAGGGGGUAAAUGUUUAGUAUUCCUUUGUAAUAAUCCUUUUUAUUUACUGUGGAGAAAUAUAAUUUUGAAGUUUGAAUCACCAUGUAUAUUUCAUUAAUCCAUUUCUUACCUCUAAAAGCAUCAUGUGUUAUAUGAUUCAUAGCCUUCGUGCCAGCCACUCCUCUCCAAAAAGUUACUGUUUUGGAGCAUUUUACAAUGCACUCCUGUUGUUUCACUGCAUUGUCUUACAUCAAACCACAUUUUCUGUGUCAAUUAGUCCACCCACUGCCCAGCAUCACUCUCUGUAAUUUGUAAAAAUGUAUUUAUUAAUUAAUAAAAUAAAAAAUACACAAUGUCUACUUCCACUUGAAUUAAUGUACUUGCACUGAUUUACUGUGGAACAUGAUUGGAAGAACCGCCAUAGAAGUACAGAAUUAUCUACAAAUGAGUGCCCUUG